AUGCGAGGACAGGUGUUCUCAUGGGGUCUGAACAGUCAUGGACAGCUGGGACUGGGGAAGGGAGUCCCUCUGCAGCCCAUUCCUGCCCUGGUGCGCUCCCUCACUGGAGUCCCAGUGAUCCAGGUAGCAGCCGGAGGAACCCACACUCUGGCCCUCACCCUCCCAGGCCUGGUUUACUGCUGUGGGGCGAACAGGGCUGGGCAGCUGGGACUCAACCGUGUGGAUGAGAAAGGCCGGUUCAACAUCUGUGCUGUGCCUGCUCUCAGAGUCUUGGGGGUUUCCUUCAUCAGCUGUGGAGAGGCGCAUUCUGCUGUUCUCACCAAGGUAUCAUACUAUUACUGUGGAGAGGGACACUGCUGUUCUCACCAAGAGCUGUUGGCACCAGAGUCUGAGAUGUUCAUGUACAACGACACCAAGACACUGGUUGGUUCCUGCCAAGGUAUCUGGGAUGACCUGAAGGUGGAGCUUGAUCCAGAGAACAGGAAAAAGUCACAAGUUUUAACAAGAAGCCUUGCCUUCAACCAAUCAGCGGAGAAGGUGUUUGAAGAGUUCAGGAGAGGCUUCUUCAAGGUGUGUGACAGGGACGUGGUGGAGUUCUUCCAGCCUGAAGAGCUCAGGGGAGUCAUGGUGGGGAAAGAGGACUACGACUGGGACACGUUCAAACAGAACACUGUGUAUGAUGGAGAGUACCAUGCCAGACAUCCCAACAUCGUCACAUUCUGGGAGGCUUUUGAGGAACUGACAGACGACCAAAAGAAAGCUUUUCUCCUGUUCCUGACAGGCUGUGAUCGCGUUCCUAUCCUGGGCAUGGACAAGAUCCAGAUGACUGUAGCAGUCUUGCAGAACUCUACUGAACUACAUUUCCCAGAAUCCCUUACCUGCCACUUCCUACUGCUGCUGCCCAUCUACCCCUCCAAGGAGAUGCUGCUGGCCAGGCUCAAAGAGGCGGUGGCCCACAACAGAGGCUUCUGGAAGGAGUAAUGGACACUAUAUAUAGGCUACUGCUGUGUUAAUCAUUUCAUGCAAUUUGUUUCUUACAUGUCAAUAUCUAUUCAGUUUAGCAUAGGAUUUUGGUUGUGUUGAUAUAGCCUUCAUCUAGGUUCAGAUUUGACACUU